AUGUUUGCAUUGUUUGAUCUACUCUCCUUGGAGCCAUUAUUGAUCUCGCCGCACUGGAGCCUUCGCGCCAUGAACCACCAGAAGAAGGCGGUGUACGAGGACAUUCUACCGGGCUAUGUCGAUGCUAUACCGACCAAACUUUCCCAGUUUGCUGAACUGAUACACCUGGCGAGUAUGAGACUCCCGCUAUCGCUGGAUGCCAACGCCGCCCGCUUCCACAUGUGUGUCUACUUGGCGGCGGAACGACUCCACCAGCGGCUUGGAUUACCUGAACCCGAACGGCAAAAGAUCCCCUGCCGGCCUAAAGUGAUGGAGAAAGCUUUGAAUGAGCUCAGAUCACGGGUGGUGGACGAAUUGAGUACUCCUAUAGGGUCACCAGUGACUACUCCUACUAAACCCCGUCGAAGCUCAUUAACUCCUUUGGGAACACCAACCAGCUCUCCUUCAAAGCAACCGCCGCUGCCAUUGAAACAUCUGCCGCGGAAACUGUCUCCGUUAAAGCGUUUACGGGAGGCUGCCGCCGAAGACGAUGAUGAAGAUGGCCUUAAUACCCCAGCGCGGAAGAGACGGUUCCCCGGAGCCGUUGAUCUCCCUCCCGUGAGCGAGUCUCCGUUCAAUCCUGACCCUACUACCCCGACAAAGCUGCUGUAUGACCGAGAUCCGCUGGAUUCUGAUGAAGACUUUAUUGAGUCCCCCUCAAAGAGUCCAGCGUGGAGUCCUAGCAGAAGCUCAACCAGUCCCUCCAAACCUUCAUCCAAAACCAAUAUCCCCAAGAAAGUGCUUUAUGAUCGCAGAGUGGUAAAAAUCGUCGACUUUGUCAAAUUCGCUAACACUUUCUAUAUCCCCGAUAUCGUCACCACCAAGCUCUUAAACUCAUUUGCACGCCAUCGGGAUAAGUUUAAAAAGAGAGGUGAGUGGCCUUUAGCCUGUGGGCUUGUCUAUGGUGCCUAUAAACGAAUCAAUCAUCGUCGUCUUGAGAAAUUAGGCGAGACGAAGAAUAUCAUUGACAAGAUCCAUACCUGGCAAAAGGGGGGGAUGACAAGAGAGUAUAUGGAGCUGUUCUUCGGUAUUGUUGAGGACUACGUCAGGAACGAGGCGUGGGUACGCCAAUUGGAGCGGGAUUAUAUGGGGUUUAGGGGUAAAGAACGAUACGAACAGGAACGCUCAGAGUACGAGGCUCGCACUGGUGGUACACCGGAAGCGAUAAAACAUAAUGAGCUUUUGGUCCAGCUUGGAGCGAUGGUCACCGGGGCUAAUGAGUACCAACUGCAAGCUCAACAGGAAUACUAUGAGGUGUGGAAACAGAACGCGUUGGCUAAAGCCGCCGCCCGCUCCCAAUCUCCAGAAACACUAUAG